AUGAAUAUUUUUCAUUUUGCUUGCUUCGUAAUAUCUACUACUCGACCAUUCAUAGCUUUCAUUAUUUUUUUCUGUGUUUUCGUUCUUUCUUACUCUUGUUUUCUUUCUUUUUUCUUAUUUUUAUUUUUUAAACUCCCCCUUUGUCUUAUUCCUUUCUUUGAUUUUUCUUUCUUCCAUUUUGAUUUGCUUUCGUUGUCUUCUUUCUUUCUUUCUUUCUUUCUUUCUUUCUUUCUUUCUUUCUUUCUUUCUUUAUCAUGUAUUUCUAUUUUAUUUCUUUUUUGUUUUUCUUUAUUCUUAUUUUUUCAACGUUUUCUUUCUUUGUCUGUUUGUUUCUUCCUGGUUUCUUUCUUUCUUUUUCCUUCUUUCUUUCUGUCUAUAUUUCUGUCUUUCUUACACACAAAUGAACAUGUUUCUUUUGGAAGCUUCGUAAUUUAUACUACUCCUCGACCAUUCAUAACGUUCCUUCUUUUCUUUUUCUUUUUUUAA